AUUAUUUAUAUUUCUAUGUAUAGUGGCGAUAUUACCACAGAUGAUCAUAUAAUCUGUGAUAUUACUCUAUGGGUGAAGAGCACGGCUAUAGAUAACGCUUGUCACUUUUUAUAUUAGCGGCAAGGUGUUCAAUACACCAGCAGCUUGGUCCUUGAUUUGCGGUUUCAAAAUUUCAUAUUUAUUAUUCAUAAUAUAUUUUCGAUAUCAAUCAUACUAAUUAUUAAUUUAAAGUCUAAACUGUUCUGGGCGUGAAAAUAGCUACGGAGCAGCGAGUAGUGUGGAGUACCAGCACGUGGAGGAGUACCGUUUUAAGUCAUGUCUAAGUACAACGCCAGUAAGUUGAGGCAAAUGAAGCAAGGCGUGGAGAAAAUACAACACGGUAAGUUGCGGACAAACAUACCGGCCGGCAUGGCUACACCGGGCCCUCCUCUCGGGCCCAUGUUGGGCUGCAGGGGCAUCAACAUUACAGCGUUCUGCAAGGACUUCAACGAGAAGACCAAAGACAUAAAAGAAGGCAUACCCUUGCCGACACGGGUGCACGUCAAUCCCGACCGCAGCUAUCAGAUAUCUAUUACAAAACCUCCUUCCAUGUACUACCUGAAACAAGCUGCGGGCAUACAGAAAGGAGCCAUGAACCCCCUGAAGGAGACGGCCGGAAUGCUUACGCUCAAACAUGUGUACGAAAUUGCAUUGAUAAAGCAGACUGACGAGAACCUAGAGUUUAGAAAUCUAGAAGAAAUAUGCAACAUGUUAAUUUCUACUGCCAGGUCAUUGGGCAUCAAAGUAGUCAAGGAUUUGAACGCUGAGGAGUAUCAACAAUUCUUAGAAGAAAGAAAGAUUGUGUUGGAAGAACGAAAACGAGAAUUGCAAGAACUGAAAGAAGCAAAAAUGUUAAGAACGGCAUAAAUAAUUAGUUAAUCAUCAUUGUUAGAAACAAGACCAUAUCUAUAAAUUUUGUUUUCAAAUGUUUUUUAAUUGACAUAACUAUAGUGUAGACAUGUAUCCCAAAAUGUCAUUAACAUAAGGAUAAAAGUGGUGAACUGCAUAAUAACCAACAAAGAAAGUUAAUGUUACAGUUUUUGUCAACUAUAAAAAAGUGUAAGUUAAAUUAGACACAAAUGUGACCAUACAAUAAUGACGAUUUCUGAUCUGGUUAACUUGUGAAAAAUUUCAUUGUAUGACUAUAGCAGAAUAAACUGAACUUAACAUCGCCAGCUUUACAACUGCAGGUACCUAAGUUGUAUUUCAUGGUAUAUAUUUUAAUAUUGUAAUUUGUUGCUGUAAUGGGUAAUGAAUUAUAAUUUUUUUUUUAAAUGUUGUUAAAUGUAUUAAACACAAUUAGAGCAUUUUACUGAAAUAAAUUAUUAGACCCAAAAUUAUCUUAGACGGUUACCUAAACUUGUUAUUUUAAAAAUAAAAAUUACAAACAGGCUAAUGACCUCAGCUGUUGAAGCCUUACUCUUAAUAAAAAAAAAAAAAAAUUACAAACUACUAUAGCCAAUUACACAAUAAAUAUCAUGUAUAGGAGUAUUUAUAAUUAAUAUUUAAAUACUCAUACAAUUUUUAUGUAUUAUAAUAAAUAAUAUACUAUUUAUUUUUAAACAAAAAUUAGAUUGUUUUAUUCAUGAAAUUUUCAUUUCAAGUUAGAAAAGAUCUUUCCAGAUCUAAUGAAAAUAUAUAUUUAUAACUUAGAAUACAUAAAAAAGACCAUAUUAAUAAAAAAAUAUAUCGGCUACAGCUUCGAUUUUAGGAAUAUUAAUGUUUGCUAUAAACUGUGUAAAACAGAAAUAACAAAAUACAAAUUAGUGUAAGGCAUACUCAAAAUUAUUAUAGUAUUUUUUUAAUGUAAUUUAACAAUAUUAAUAAAAGUACAUUUGAUAAUAGAUAUUAAUUAUUUUAAGUUUAAAUUAAUUAAUUCCAAGCAAUUUAUUAUAAACUUUAUUGUAAAGAAUUAAUAAAAUAGAAACAAUAUAAUAAACUUUGUGCACAUAUUAUUUUGUGUACAAAAUAAAAUAAUUUUUGAAUUUUUAUAGAUACUAUUUUGUAUAUAUUUAUAUUAUACAUAAAUACAUAAUAUGCUUAAUACAAUAUUUAUAUUAAUAUUGGCGCUUAUUGCUCAAAAAUGAUUUAUGUUAAUCGGAUAAUAUUAAUUAAUAUUAACAUUGAGGUUUGAUAUAAAAUAUAAAGUAUAUUGAUAUCAAUCUAUCAUAUUAAUUAUAUUAU